CGGAGGAGUUCCAUCGAGAAAACGGACGCCCGUACGGAGAGUCGCGAGCUAGUUUCGGUUUAGGUUCUUCAGUACACGGGUGACCGGCAGCAUCUUCGUUCUUCUCGGUGACUUUGGUGUUCGUUGCUCUGGUGCGGACGUUUGCUUCGGUUGCUGCAUCGACCACGGUGCGCGACAACUCUGUCGACGGAAAACGUUUAUUGUGCGUUGCACUAGGACAUCUGCCCGCGCCACGAAAACUUCUGCAGCGAAGACCACAGCCUUUGCCGGAACAAGCGUCAUCCAUGCCUCUGGCAACUGCCGUGGCAAUGACCCGCAAGAGCAGCGGACUGUCUCCUAUCCGCGUCAUGGUCAUGGGAAGCCAGAGCGUCGGGAAAUCAGCCGUGACGGUGCGAUUCCUGACGCGGAGAUUCAUCAGCGAGUACAGCUCGAUGAAGGACCUGCUCUACAGGCACACAGUUCUUGUCGACAACCGGGCGUUAGAACUGGAGAUCCUGGACACAUCUAGAUAUCAGGAGAACAAGUUUCCCGAAGACAAAAUGGGCUGGGCCGACGCCCUCGUCGUUGUCUACAGCAUCGAGGACCGGUGGAGCUUCGAAGAGGCCAGCUUGUGCCUUCAGAAGGUGCAGCAGCUCUGCCCGUGCCUGCCCACCAUCCUGGUGGCCAACAAGCGAGACCUGUCGCACGUUCGCCAGGUCGAGGUCGAUGACGGCCGACAGCUGUCCCUUCAGCUGCACUGUCAGUUCUACGAGGUGUCGGCGGCCGACAGCUACGCCGGCGUCAGUAUGGCCUUCCAGAGCAUACUGCGAGAAGUCCUCGCCACCAAGAUCCUCCGGUCUCUGACCCCCGUCCGGCGGCGACUCACCGUCGUCACAGUCUCGAAGAUGCUGGGAGCCGUCUUCGGCAAGAACGGCAAGCGCCACAAGAAGAGGCCCUCACUGUCAUUGUAAACGAACAUACAGUGCGAGAGACAAUGCAGACUCGUACCUGUGUAUAUAUAAUGCGCGCACAUCGAAGUCAAACAAGGACACUGUCAAGGAGUGCUUUGUGAUUGGACACUUUAUUUUCUUGCUGUCGUUGCAUUUCGUGUUUGUGCCAUGUCAACUUAUUGUCAAAUGAUUCGCGCAAACGACUCGGUGUCCUGCCGAAAUGGCAGGCUUUUCUCAAGAGUGUACAGCUUUUAUCGAAAGUACCUGGGCCAUAACGACGUUUGCGAUGACGCAGCUAAAACAAACAGGGCCUUCGCUGAGGUGCUCUGAAAGUUUGUAACAAAGUGAAGGUGUUUUCAAUACUCACUACUCAUAUCAAGAGAGCCCUCAGAAGUGGGAGAUGCUGUAAGAUAACGCGUACGCUAACGCGUUGCUGUGUAAAAUAAUGAGGGAACCCGCCUGGAAUUGGAGAUGGUACAGCAGGAAUGGUUCGACAGGCAUGACAAGUGAGAAAUCUCGUUUAGUCGUUUUUUCGCAAUGACUACAACUGCCAUACUUAAUUUUAGGACCGCAGUCUCAAAUGCGAGGCCGCAUUCCUGUGUUGUUUUUUUCUGUUCGGAGUUCACGCUCCUUUUAUUCGUUUUUUAAAAGAUGAAGCAAUCGGUACCAAUAACAAUUUGCUCUGUCUCAUGUUCUGUAAAUACCUUAAUUGUGAAUAAUGUUCGUAAGUGUACAAUGUUUCUCGUGAUUGUAACACCCGAGACGGAAUCAAAAGUGUCUGGGGGCCUGUUGGCACCACAAGUCCCUGCACCACGCGUGGCGAACAAGAUUCAUUGUCUGCGCGUGCACCACCUCAAAAAAGCACGAAGGUUUCUCUUGCCUGGUUUUUGAACAGGCGAGGAAUUUCUAGUCGCUAAGUUGUCGAUCUCGGACCGACAAGACAAAUUCUCAAUCGGUAAUGCUGGGAACCGUUUGUACAGCAAUACGCUCAACGGUAACCGUCGCAUAGUUAUGAAUGAUAACGACUCAUUUUUGUGCCAAGAAUAGCAGUGCUCAGUUGGUCACUGCCAGACUGUGAUAUAAGCCAAGUAUGAAAUAACUUUACGUUGUCCUGUUGUGUAUUUUUUCUCGUGAAUGUGUGUUAAGGUCUGUGUGUAUACUGCGCUAUAACGCUGCCUCGAACACCAGAUAGUGCUCGUACUGGCGUGUCGUAUGUUAGAAUGUCGCAGCGAAGUGUGGUCAGAAGGGAACAAUGCUAAAAAACCUCUUCUUGUACACGCGUGGUUUCAUUUCAUCGUAUCUGAUUAAGAACAUAAAUUAUGAAUAUCAUGUCAUGUAUAUUAUUUAUGAAUUAGAUAGCCAUCGGCAUGUCCAUUAGCGAACAAGCAUCGUAUUUUUCACUGUAUCACACUUGUAUGCGCCGAGCUCAUUUCGAUGCUCAAGAGUUCCUGUCGUCAUUGUCGUCUUGUUAUACUUACUCAUGACGUCGAAAAUAAAAUGUGAAUGUGAU